AGGGUCGAACUCAAUUCAUUUUCAUCGUGGGGGCAUUUUCUCUGUGGUGACUUGACAGAUGAGAAAAAAUGGCAGAGUGAAUUCGUCCCGGAAAGUUUCUAGUGUUGUGUGCAAAAAGGGCCUUGAUGUGCGGGUAUUAGCUCUCAAAAAUUAGUGUAAAUUUGCUUUAUUUAUUAUCCCAAGUGUGAUUGAACGUGAAACGCGACCGGAAUGACGGGUACGGAGCGCGAAAUUCCUGCGGAAGACUCAAUAAAGGUGGUGUGCAGGUUCCGACCAUUGAACGACAGCGAGGAAAAAGCUGGCUCAAAGUUCAUCGUCAAAUUCCCCAGCAGCAAUGAAGAAAAUUGCAUAUCGAUUGGUGGCAAAGUCUACCUGUUCGAUAAGGUGUUCAAGCCGAAUGCAUCGCAAGAGAAGGUGUACAAUGAGGCGGCAAAAUCAAUCGUCUCUGAUGUCUUGGCUGGAUACAAUGGUACCAUUUUUGCGUACGGACAAACAUCUUCUGGCAAGACACAUACAAUGGAAGGUGUUAUAGGGGAUUCAAUGAAACAAGGUAUAAUUCCACGUAUUGUGAAUGACAUCUUUAAUCAUAUUUACACGAUGGAGGUGAAUUUGGAGUUUCACAUAAAGGUCAGCUACUAUGAGAUCUACAUGGACAAAAUUCGGGAUCUACUGGAUAUAUCAAAAGUGAAUUUGAGUGUGCAUGAAGAUAAGAAUCGUGUGCCUUACGUUAAGGGUGCCACGGAGCGCUUUGUAUCCAGUCCCGAGGAUGUCUUUGAGGUGAUUGAGGAGGGAAAGGCAAAUCGGCAUAUUGCUGUAACUAAUAUGAAUGAGCAUUCAUCGAGAUCACAUUCAGUAUUCCUUAUAAAUGUGAAACAAGAGAAUUUGGAGAAUCAGAAAAAGUUAUCGGGUAAGCUGUAUCUGGUGGAUUUGGCUGGGUCCGAGAAGGUGUCAAAGACUGGAGCUGAGGGUACGGUGCUGGAUGAAGCGAAGAAUAUUAAUAAAUCACUUUCGGCACUUGGUAAUGUUAUAUCAGCCCUUGCUGAUGGCAAUAAAACCCACAUUCCGUAUCGUGAUUCCAAAUUAACGAGAAUUCUGCAGGAAUCACUUGGUGGCAAUGCUAGAACAACCAUUGUCAUCUGCUGCUCUCCCGCAAGUUUCAACGAAUCCGAGACGAAGUCAACACUCGAAUUUGGAAAGCGUGCUAAAACUGUCAAGAAUGUGGUGUGUGUCAAUGAGGAGCUCACAGCGGAGGAGUGGAAGAGACGGUAUGAGCGUGAGAAGGAGAAGGUUGGGCGUCUAAAGGGGAAAGUGGAGAAAUUGGAGGCAGAAUUGGCGAGAUGGCGUGCCGGUGAGACCGUAUCGGCGGAUGAGCAAAUCAACCUGCAGGAUCCAAUGGAGGCUAGUACACCGAAUGUUGAGGUGACUGAACCAGAAGUACCAACAGCCCCUGUCCCAGCAACACCAAGUGGCUUGACCAUGGUGGGAUCAAUCAGUGCCGAUGAGCGUGCACGCUUUGAGAGUGAACGCGAGCGUCUGUAUCAGCAACUCGAUGAUAAGGAUGAGGAGAUUAAUCAGCAUUCGCAGUAUGUGGAGAAGUUGAAGGAGCAAAUAAUGGAUCAGGAGGAGCUCAUUGCCAAUUCACGGCGUGAUUUUGAGAAUCUUCAAACGGAAAUGGCGCGUAUACAGCAGGAGAAUGAGAGUGCAAAGGAGGAGGUGAAGGAGGUCCUUCAGGCACUCGAGGAGCUUGCUGUGAACUACGAUCAAAAGAGCCAGGAGAUUGAGACGAAGAACAAGGAGAUUGAUAACAUCAAUGAGGAAUUGGUGCAGAAGCAGGCACUCCUCAAUACUACCUCAACGGAUUUACAGCAAUUGCGUGAUAUGUCGGCACAUCAGAAGAAACGCUACAAUGAGAUACUGUCGAAUCUUCUGCGUGAUCUAUCGGAAGUUGGACAGGCCCUAUGUACGGAUAGUACAGCCGAUCUCAAGCUCAAUGCUGACACGUCAGCGGGGAAGGUUGAGGAGGAAUUCACAGUGGCACGUCUGUACAUAAGUAAGAUGAAGAGUGAGGCGAAGAAUUUGGCACAGCGCUGUCAGAAUCUCGAAACGCAGACGAUGGAUUCGAACAAGAAGGUGUCGGAGUAUGAGAAGGAAUUGGCGGAAUGUCGUCUCCUUAUUUCUCAACAUGAGGCACGUAUGAAGUCACUGCAGGAGUCAAUGCGUGAGGCGGAGAAUAAGAAGAGGACACUUGAGGAGAAUAUUGAUUCGCUGCGUGAGGAGUGUGCGAAACUGAAGGCAGCCGAACAGGUGUCGGCUGUGAGUGCGGAAGAGAAGCAACGGGCUGAGCAAUUGCGAUCGGCAUUUGAUAAGCAAAUGGAUCAACUGCGGGAUGCACAUACAACGCAAGUGGCCACGCUGCGGGAUGAGAUCUCAGAGAAACAAGAGGCUAUCAAUGAACUUAAGGAUUUGAACCAAAAAUUAACACUUGCUCACCAGCAAAUGUCAUCGGACUAUGAGAAGCUGAAGCAGGAGGAAGCGGACAAGUCCAAUAAGCUGCAGGAGCUCAUCUUGACGAAUGAACGUCGUGAGCAAGCAAGGAAAGAUCUCAAGGGAUUGGAAGAUACUGUCUCAAAGGAACUUCAGACCCUUCAUAAUUUACGCAAGCUCUUCGUGCAGGAUCUUCAGGCACGAAUCAAAAAGUCAAUCACAUCCGAAGACAAUGAAGAUGAUGGCGGGUCAUUGGCACAGAAGCAGAAGAUUUCAUUCUUGGAGAAUAAUUUAGAGCAACUGACAAAGGUGCACAAGCAGUUGGUGCGCGAUAAUGCAGAUUUGCGCUGUGAACUGCCCAAAUUGGAGAAGCGACUCAGGACAACGAUGGAGCGCGUCAAAGCCCUCGAGACGGCGCUCAAGGAGGCAAAGGAAGGUGCAAUGCGCGAUCGUAAACGGUACCAAUAUGAGGUGGAUCGCAUUAAGGAGGCAGUGCGACAGAAGAAUCUCGCUCGGCGUGGUCCUCAGGCACAAAUUGCUAAGCCAAUUCGUGCUGGACAGGGUCACAUUGUGAGUGGAAUUCGUGGCGGAGGUGGCAUUAUUCCUACUGGGGCCAAUGCUGUUCCACAGUAAAUGGAUACCACACGGAUUCUUUAAGGAGGAUAUAUAAAAUGAGGAGGGAGAUCUUUCUCAUACAAGUGGAAGAGUUGAGAUAAUUUUCCUGUUGAUGAGACACACACCCCUUAUUAAGCAUAGUAAUAUUACCUUAUAUAGUUGUUACUUUCUUGUUAAGUGUGCUUCGUGCACAUUUAUUAUCCACGGAGAUGGCGGUUGUUUUAACCUACAAAAUACAUACAUUGGGGCUUUAGAAGA